AUGCUGAAGGAGUCACUGUUUGCGAUCUGUAUUGGUUUGGCUACGGCAAAUAUCUGCAACGAUGGCACAGGCACGUGGUCGUUCAGUAUUGUCGACGGUGUUACCGAUUUCGCUUACGGAGGUGUGCCACUGAACAAUAAUUACAACUGCUUCGAGGGCUGCUUAAACACUCAAACCGCAGUUCAGGAUUUUAAGGUGUCUCUGAACGGUACCGUACCACCAACUGUCGCCUCCUUGCCAAUGCUAAAGCAGCGGAAGCUCGGCUCGAAAGCGUCCCGUCUUGCACGUUUGCAAAAAUAUGCCAACGGACUCGUCAAGACGCUCCUUUUUAAUCUGAACCGACCUGGAUGGGCGAUCAAUUGCGUUGACUUCAACGAUUUUGCCCUUGGAACCUUCCUAAAGAGACUACAACUUCUGCGAAUACGAAGCAGUUCUUGGCCAAGGCGUAUACUGGCUACGCAUGGCUUUGAUUGA